CCACUCUGCCUUUGACUUCUAUAGACGACGCAAGUGAGGAAACUCAGCAUGGACGUGCACAGCUCAGCUAACCACAGACAAAUGGAUUAUAACCUGGACAACAUGGACGCCAAGCACGGGAAAGGGUUGCUCUGCCCUGAGGACCGCUUUGACAGCGGCGUGGACUCGCUAAAAGAGGACGAGGACCUGUCCAGGGAGUUUGGGGACAUGUCUAUGGACCCCACGGAACCUGUUUCUGAGGAAUACGAGCCGUGGAGGGCCGCUGUCACCGAAGACGGAGAUACGCUGCUCCAUUUAUCAAUCAUUCACGAAGCCACUGAAAAGGCCCAGCAUUUGAUCAGACUCUCUUACAACCACUCCUUCMUCAACAUCCAGAACCACCAAAGACAGACUGCCCUCCACCUGGCCGUGAUCACCGAGCAGCCCCAGUUGCUGGACCAGCUCCUGAAGGCCGGUGCCGACCCGCUGUUGGUCGACAACAGCGGCAACACGCCUCUCCACAUCGCCUGCAAGCGGGGCUCCCUCACCUGCUUCGGCGUCAUCACCCAGAACUGCCAGCGCCGCCUCACCUCCAUCUUGUCUGCCUACAACUACAGCGGACACAACUGUCUCCACUUGGCGUCCGUCAACGGUUAUAUUUCUUUGGUGGAAAGUCUGAUUCGGCUGGGUGCAGACAUCAAUGCACAGGAGCCCUGCAGCGGUCGGACAGCUCUGCACCUGGCUGUCGAUCACCAGAACCCCACGCUCGUCUGCUGCCUYCUCAACCUCGGCGCCGACGUCAACUGCCUGAACUACGGUGGCUUCACGCCGUACCACCUUACGUUCGGGCGUCACAACAACGAAAUCCGCUCGCAGCUGUACGACAGGACGUCGCAGGAGCUGAGGGACAUGCCCGACAGCGAGUCGGACGACAGCGACAUGGAGGGUCUGUCGGAGGACGAGGUUUACGACGACAUCAAGUUUGGAAAGUAAAGAGAACCUCGCCUCUGGUGGUAUCGAGCUGCUACGAGGGGUUGCCGAGACACGGCUCUCGCCCUGACCGAGGGUCCGCGCAGAACCACAGGUGCUGGCCUCGGGGUCGCAAACAGGAUGGAAGACUGCGUCCAGUCUGGUCAAAGAUUGCUGUAAUAAAGCCAUGAUGGCGAGGCCUCCAUACGGUCGUCCUGUAUCUGUAUAAAUAUGUUAAUAUGUAUACACUAGACACAUGUAUUAUAUUGUAUAUUGUAAAUACAGAGAUUAUUUUUGUACCUGGUGUGAAUUCAAACACUAUUACCAUGAGUUCAAAAUAAAACAGAUCUAUGAACA